CUUUCCUUUGAUCACAUGCCAAACACCACACAGAGAUGAAAGAAGUGAUUUUUUUUCUUUUUAGUGGGAAUAAAAACAACAAAAAUAAAAGGGUAAUGAAAUGAGGGAGACCCUCCUCCACCUUUAUAAAGCAGAAAUGGACUUUUUUUUUUAAUACGUUUCUGGAACGACAACACUACUUUGGUUUGACAACGUUCUUUUGUAUUUCUUCUCUGUAUUGUUUCUUAGGCCGCUUUUUAGUCGGUCUUUUUCCUCAAAAAAGAAGAACACGGUUGUUCACCCUUUUUUUAUUUUGUUUUGAAGUUGAACCUAUAUAUAAAUUUGUUGGAUCCCCAUAAUAUUAUUAUUAUUCCCACCACAUGCACACUGAUUUAUUCCACCCCUUAUAAGUUACAAGCUCUUCACAGCAACCAAGCUAGCUGUUUUGCCUUAAUUUGUGGAGUGGAGUACUUGAUUGUUCAUCUUCUUCUCCUCCUUUCAGUUUGUUUGUUUUGUUUUCUAAGAAAUCAAGAAAUGAAACAGGCAGGUUGUUUGUUAAUUCUGGCUUCGGUUCUCAUGUUUCUCCUCAUCUCCCACUCAGCUUCAGCCCGAAUUCUCCAGGACGAUAAUAAUCAAGCAGGUUCGUUUACUUCAUCCAUGGCGACCGCGGAGGAGGACGACAACAUUGCCGCGGUAAGAAUAUGUAAUUUGAUUUUCAUCUUGUUUUUUUUAAAGGCCUUCUAGGAUGGUAAAAAUUGAUACAGUAAGCGUCAAUGGUCAUAAAAUAUGACUUCCAAUAACUUCUUCCUUGGGGGGCGGGUCAAUUGUCUUAACAUAAUUAAUAUAUAUGUACUUUGGGUUUGGGGUUGAAGAUUCGUUAUUUAUGCAUGCAGUUGAUGGGAUCUGAGGAAUGCAGCGGAAAUGACCCAGACUGCGUCAACAGAAGGAUGAUGGCUGAUGCACACUUGGACUAUAUCUACACCCAACGCCAUAAGCCUACCAAGGCUAAGGGCUCACCCUAAACCCACUAAAAGCUCAACCCUUCCGACACUUUUGGCAGAUUUAAGUUGGUUUAUUUAUUCAAAAUGUCAUAAGCCCCCAAACCAGAAUAUAUUCGGAUAGAACCAUGGAACAUACGUAGUCCCUAUUAGUGGGGUAUUGUUACAAAAGUACCCCUUUCAUAUACAAUUUGUAAUAUGGUGUUCAGUAAUGUAGUGUGUUAAGUUUCCUGUGUAAAUUCAGUUGGCAUUUUACUUUGUGAAUAUCUUUUAAUCUCUUGCAAAAUUCAAGCCCUUUCGAUUUGUCAUCCCUUUCCCUAUGAAUCUAGCUUCUAGAAGACCAUAUGGUAACAAGACACCCCAAAAAGCAUCUCCAAGAAUACAUGGUAUCAUGGGGAAAACUUGAACAGUUCCAUGACAUAUUCAAAUCUUCCACUACAGAAAACACAUUAUAAUUGGAUGCCUGC